AGCAGCCUCACACACUCACAGCCGGCUCUCGUCCGCCGUGUUCCUAUGCGUAAAUAUCCCUAUUAAAGCCAGUCUUUCUUCCAGGCGGACGGACCAUGGAUGCUUCUGUUCUGAUCUGAUGGCUGAGUCCAAGUAACUGGGGUCGGACUGGUUUUGACUUUAUAUGUCCGUAAAGACUGUGUUCGGUCACCUUCUGUGCGAGUCACAGUGGCUUUCACCUCCUGUGGGACUAAAAUGAGGGAGAACAUGCGGAUAUUUUGCGCCUCCGUGAAUUCGAAGUGUCUUUUUUCUCUUUGGAAUCAGUGGUGUCUGUGUUACGCAGCGGUGGUGUGUUUACUGUUUUCACCUGUCAGGAUGGAUGGGGACUGUCCGUCGUCCUGCAUCUGUGUCAGAGAGUUGGGGACGGUGACCUGCCGUGAUGGGGAGGACACUGAUGUACCUGGAGACAUACCGGAGUGGACGUCCACCUUGGUACUCCAGGGAAGAAACAUCUCAACUUUACAGAGCGGUGCGUUCAGGGACAACGGCACAGAGUUGGAAAUGACGACUUUGUCACUGUCCUAUAACGGGAUACAGACUAUUGAACCUUACGCAUUCCUGGGGCUUCCUCGUUUGCGUUUGUUAGAUCUGAGUCACAAUCAGCUGGUGUCUAUCUCAGCCAGGGCUUUCCACGGGUUACCACAGCUGCGCUCUCUUUACCUCAACUAUUCCAUUUUGCCUCCGGCCACGGCGCAACUCUCCAGUGCGCUCAGUGCGCAAAGUUUGGCCAACCUGCACAGACUAGAACUAGCAGGGAACCGGCUGAACUCCAUACCCCUGGCCAGGUUCGACAUCUACAGCCUGCAUGCGUUAGUGCUGGUGAACAACUCCAUAGAGAUCAUCGGGGGGGAAAACGUUUCCAAUCUGUACCAGCAGCGACAUUUACGCGUGUACCUAUACUUAAACCCGUUUCGUUGUACUUGUGACCUGGAGGCGUUUUACUACUGGUUGAAGAACUCCUCCCAGUGCCCGGAUGCAGGACGUCUCCAGUGCAGCGAACCGGAGGCCAAGAAAGGGAUACACGUGGAGAAGCUCCGUGGGGAGGACGUGGAUUGUAUGAACGAGAACCUUGAGGCUGUUUCUUACGUGUUCCUCGGCAUCGUGUUGGCUCUGAUAGGAGUGGUGUUCUUAAUGGUGCUGUAUCUCAACCGGGGAGGCAUUAAAAGGUGGCUCAAUAAUAUUAGAGAGGCAUGCCGAGACCAGAUGGAGAUCUACCACUACCGGUAUGAGCAGGAUUCAGACCCAAGACUGGCCAAUGUGGCUGUUUAGGACUGGUGAAACAUCAGGCCAGGGCUGUGGAAUGACAGGACAGGGAGGACACAUGAGAUGGCCAAGGUCUAGAACUACUCCAUCUUGCAGACUGAUUAGUUGGCACUGUCCUGUCAUUAACAUCACUAAUACUUUUUAAAGUGAACCUCAUCAUUUUCAGCAUCUGGCCAAUGAACUGCACACAGAUAUGCAGAGAGCCAAAGACAGUACUGUAAAUGACUAAAUUUACACCUCUAAGUAGUAUUGUGC